UUUGACUAGUAGUUGCUAAUUUGACUACUUUUCUCGAGGAAUGUUUAAUUGAUACGAAGCUUGAGAGGGAAUAUGUUGCUAAAAUUGUUUGUACUUUUAUCUUCGACAUAUCCUGUAUUUACACAAUAUGAGAUUGAUGCCAACAUUCCUAUACAAUUUACAUCAAAAAUCGAGGAGCAAAAUCAUGAGCAAAGAGGUUUUAAUAAUACUGAAAGCCUGGCAACACCAUCGUAUAAUCAACCAACUACAUUAUGUCCUGCAAACGAAGCCUUGAUCCAAAUUCAAAAUAUACUCACGAAAUUAUUGAAUGAAGAUGAAAAUAAUUAUGAACAUUUAAACGUAAUGGAUAUUCAAGGAAAUAGAGUUUUUAGUAAAGAAUCUCCUAUAAAUUUAGAAAAAGAAAUUGAAAAAGUACUUCCACUAUCUAAAGGGAAUACUUUAAGACAAUUACUAGACAAAUAUCAUUUAAAUAAUAAUUAUAAAACAAAGAUAACAGUACAAUACGAAAUACCAAAUGAACCUAACCUCAAUUGUAAAGAAGCUCUUUUAAAUAUCCUUCAAGUUUUAAAGAACGCGAAUUUAAUGCACGAAUCUUACCGCUCCUGUGGACCAUAUGAUAUUAAUUGUGAAAAGGACAAUGUAUUAGAUAUGAAAAACGUAGGCAAUCAAAAUGUAUUCACGACAAAUAUAAAUCAAGGAAAUAAUAAUUACCUAUCAAAUAUGAUGAAUACACAGAAAACAACAGAUUCAAAUUUAUUUGCAUUUGGGGAUGAUAUAAAUGCAGUUUUAAAAUAUCUCGCAUUGAAAAGGAAUCCCAAUUUGAAUUCGAUAUUUGAAAAUUAUGAAACAAAACAGAAAAGUUUCAAUGACAUUAAAAUCCCGCAGAAUGUGCCGGAAUCAAUGAAUAAAUUGACACAAGGAUUUAAUAUGAAUAGUACUGAGUUUGUUGAAAAUAAACAAACAAAUUAUUCACAUAAUAGUACACCUUACAAAUUACAUAUAACAGAAAACAUUGUCCCAUCUACGAAUCUAAAUGCGAUGAACCAAAAGCUAAACAUAAAUGAAAUUUUAGCUGAAAAUACCAUAUCAGUAACACAAAUACCUUUGGAGAAUAAUAAAAAUCAAGUAUUUUAUGUAAAUGAAAAAGCAGACGAUGUUCUUGUAACAGUAACAAAUGAUGGAAAGAUAGUUUCCGUGUAUCCAUCAAAUAACAAUUUAUUCGAACAAGGAGAAAACAAUAUAGUAACUGAUAAAUUUCUUUCAAAUGAGGCUAAUGUACAAAACAAAGAAAGUGUAGCGAGACAUGUUAAAAAUCUUUUGAGUCAAUAUAUGCAAGGAGAUGUUAAUAAUAUCCCUAAAGAUAAAAUGAACGUAUUACUAGAUAUACUCAAAAAAGGAUCUAAAACGCGAUAUCCACAAGAAAUACUAAAUGUAAAUGAACACUUAACACCGUAUUACUUAAAUCCGAAUCUCAUUCCAAAUAUAAGUCAAUAUCCUAUGACUUCAGAUGUAACUAAUUCCAUACGUCAAUAUGAAAAUAAAGAAGGGCUAAAUGACCAAUUGCAUGCAAAUUUAAACGUUUUCAAUCAGAUUACAAAUCAGGAUCUGUUAAAUCAAAAUUCAGCCAACAAACAAUACGUCACUGGAAAUCCGUACGUCAAUUCUAAAUUAGUUGAUUAUGAAAAACAUGUAAAGGAAUUGCACGCGCCUUACAAUUUAGACAAUUCGCAACGGUUUAUAACCGAUACUAAUCAAGGUAAAUUGAAUUUUACACCCGAUAAUUCCGGCGUCGUGGAAUUAACUUAUUUGUUAAAGCGACCUCAUCCAGUUAUAUACCAACCUGUAUAUUACGUAAAGUAUCGAUUACCUUACGAUUCAUUCGUGAACAAUCUUCGGGAUUUAGUCCGAAGACAGCCACAACUGAGAUCCAAUCGAGCUAAAUUGUACCAAGAAUUACUAUCUUUAUCUAAAGUCGCAGACCUAUCUCCAAAUUUAAAAGGAUUGGGUCAACAAGAACUAUUACAAAUGGUAGCUAAUAAUGGUGCCUUAGUAAAGACUAAAGUUUUAAAAGUGAACGAAACACUAUUGGAUAAAGAACCAAAGCCUGUUCAAGAUUUAAACUCAAAUCUAUUACCACAGGAAAUAAAUAACGAAACAUAUAAAGAUGAGUCCAAUGGUGUUGGUACAGCUAACUUGUUAAAUAAAACGAUAAAAAUUGUAUUGAAUAAAACCAAAAUUGAAGAGUUAGAAAACAUUGAAAAAGCUAAACUAACUCAAUCGAAUUUGAGUGAAGACAUUUAUAACACGUAUCAAAUGGCGACAAACAAAUACGGUAUAAGUACAGAUAAGAACCCAAGUAACUCAAUGUAUCCUCUCGUAUAAUUGAAAUCCUAUUGAAAUUUAUUUAAUUAAAGUUUCAAUAAAUAAAAUUUAU